AUGGAAAUUCUUACACGAAAGAAUAAUUUACUAAGAAUUAACAGCACAGAUGGCAAUAUUUCUGUUAUUAGAAAUAAUAUAACAAUGUACAGGAAGAGUGGCAAGUAUUCUAUACUUACUACACCAAACUAUCUGGAAGUACUUGCAAAUAAGAAGAUUUAUCUGAGCUUAUUCAGAGAGGUGAAUAACGUACAUGUCAUACCAAAUACAGACGUAAAAGGAAAGACUUCUUUAAGUAUAUAUUUAAUAGGUGAUAAGUACAUAGAGCACUUAGAAGAUACAAUUAUACAAUCAGAUGUAGACACUAAAAGAACCAUAAAUGACAGCUGUAUAUACUCUAAUGUACUAGUAGUAUUACAUAAUAGUAAAAUAGUCAUAUACAACAAGUACUUAAAGAAGCUAAGUGAUAUUCCCAUGCAAAUGAAAUACUGUGAGAAGAUGAGUAUCAUAGAAUACAAUGGAAAGGGACUUAUGGGCAUACUCAGUUCAACAGAAAGGCGUGCAUUAAUUAUUUAUGAUAAGGAUAUAAUGAAAGACAUUAAACUCACCAAGAAAUCAAAGAGUAUCAAAAUGGUUAUACACUCAGAUAAACCAUUCUGUAUACUAACAGAAGGUAAUCAGAUCAGAAUAAUUGACAUUCUAGGGGAUAAUGACAGAACAGUAGAAACAGAGCAUAUUAACAGUAUUAUACAGGCAGAGUACAGAGAUGGCACUAUAUACACAAUAUCAACUGAAGGGAUAGUCUGCUCAUUGGGCAUGGAAGAGACACUGUCAACUGCAGUGUAUGUAGAUGCAGAAGGCAUAGAGAGCAUUGGUCUAUAA